GGAGCUGCCCAGGUGAACUGAGCCUUAGUCAGCGCUGGUCAUGACCACAGCUCCAUGCCGAUAGCCACGAGACGGGAGCAGACCGCGUGAGGAGCCGCCAAGGGACACAGGAUGGUGACGUGUUGGAAACCUUCAGAAAACCGUUUGGAGGAAGCACAGUGCACGGUAAGCAGGGGGCUCUCAAUCCGACGGCAAAUACCGAACAAGGGGUGAAGGCAGGAGUCUUGUUUUUUUUUCUUUCCUCCAUGCAGCACUGAGCCAGGUGCAUAUGUAGAACAGAAAUUGGAAAGUUACAAUUUUGAUUCAAGCACAAAUUUCAGCAGCAAGACGGUGUUUUUCACAGGGAUACGGCUGGUGGCUUUGUCAAGUUGCCCAACCUGCUUCAGUUUGAUGUUUACAUCCCGCUUUAAGGUCUCGAGCACUUUCAAAAGAGUUUGUCCCCGGUUCUUGUGUGUGGUAACAUCUCCUCAGGAUGGGGGCCCCGCUGCAGCCCCCCACUCCCGUUUCCCACACAAGGCACUCUGGCUCGGCCUCUCGGCCUCUCUGCUCCUGCUCCUCGUCGUCCUCGGUUUGACGGGGCACCUCGGCCUGUCGCAGCUCCGCUCUCAGUCUUCACAGAUUGUGAGAAUCUCGGUUCACGAUCAGACUGGAGCUCUGAUCAAUCAGUCAGCAGUCGUGGACCAGAAGAACGACCUGGUGACCUUCACUGUGACCUCACCGGCAAAUCAGACGUCCACGGUGCUGUUUGAUAUCAACCAUGGUUUGAUAUGCUACAAACCAGUCUACCAGGACGGCUGCUUCCUGCGACAGAUGGAACAGUCCGACUACGACAAUGUGCAAUCCCUCCUUCAUGAGCAAACACACCAGAGUCACUUCCUGCUGUCUGGGAAUGAGACCCGGAGGCAGACAGAGUUCCUGGGGGUGCUGCCAGCCAGUCAGGUGGAAGCGUCCUUGCUCGAGGAGCCCCUGCAGGCUCUGUGUCACGACAGGUCUGUCCACUGGACAAGGAGGGCCGAGGGCCCGGGCAAACAAAGGCUGGUCUACUUCUGCAUCGACAUCUGUUUCCCCAGCAACAUCUGCGUGUCAGUCUGUUUCUACUACCUGCCAGAGUGACUGUGUAUAUAUUCACUUCCUUCUCCUCCCAGCCAAAGAUCAGGGAAAGCCAAACUUUGUCUUUUUAGCUCUCCCCUCCACACAAAAAAAAGAAAGGCGAACAAAUGCCUGCUUUGACUGUUUCCUUUGUGCCAUACAGCCGCCAGUAAACCAGUGAAGCAGCCAACCCCUGCAAGUCCAUUUCUAACCUUCCGAGAGGGGAGACGUGGAGACAGGCUGUCGCGGUUAUUGCCAAAGCCCCAUCGUCACUCCCUUCAUGUGUACAGUAAUUCCCUCUCUGGUGGCACACUUCAGAGAUUUCAGAAGAAAUACCCCCUGUUUUUUUGGUACAUGACUGCAAUUGUAUUUCCUGUUAUGCACUACUUCAGUUCUCAGUAUGUGUAGCCGUUCCUGCUGCAAUGUGAGUGUUUCGAUCGGCCUAAUAAAAGGACUGUUGUGUAUUUUUGGCCAAUGUUUCUGCAUUAGAGAAAAAAAAUGGAAGGAGACUGACAGAACUCAAAGAACAGAAAGGAUUUACUUUACACUCCGUGAUCAUUUACUCUUAACACAUGCUAAUCCACAUCGUGAAGAAAGUACACCUUACAACUUGACUUUAAAUAAAGAGUAUUAAAGGAA